UGUCAGUUGUCAAAUUACGUGGCUUUCACGUAGGGAAAACAAGCGUAUGUUCUUCUUUUGAAUUAAAGUUAUAUUUUAGGGCAAAUUAAUUUCUAUUUAACAAAAUGAAAAGUUCUUGGAGAUCGCUUUGUUUUACCUUAUUAUUAGCGGCAACUUUACUGCACACAGGAAACUGUUAUACCAUCACAGUCGAUGCCCAUGCCGAGGAGUGCUUUUUCGAAAAUGUUGAGGCAGAUACUAAAAUGGGUCUGACAUUUGAGAUAGCAGAAGGUGGUUUCCUAGACAUAGACGUAACAAUCACAGGCCCUGAUGGUGCCGUGAUAUACAAGGGAGAGCGGGAGUCAUCAGGAAUGUACACAUUCUCAGCCCCCACGUCUGGUAGAUACACCUACUGCUUCAGUAAUAAGAUGUCCACCAUGACACCUAAGGUUGUGAUGUUCAACUUGGAGAUCGGAGUAGCGCCUCAAGGCCAGCCUGCUGGCAAGGAAGAGGAUGUGAACCACAACAAGUUGGAAGAUAUGAUCAAGGAGCUGGCCACCACACUCAAAACUGUCAAACAUGAACAAGAGUACAUGCAGGUCCGCGACCGCAUCCACCGUGCGAUCAACGAGAGCACAAACUCCAGAGUUGUGAUGUGGUCCAUAUUCGAAGCUUCCGUCCUUCUCGUCAUGACCUUGGGACAGGUUUACUACCUCAAAAGGUUCUUUGAAGUCCAACGCGUGGUGUAACAAGUUUACUGUUUCUACAAGUUUUUACAAAACCACUGAAAUUUGUAGUUACAGUCAGGUUUACAAAGGAUAUAUUUCAUCUAUAAGUCAGUUCCAAGUUAUUCAUCAAACCAGUUAUAAAGUACUUCAUGUUAAUUAUACUUAUUGAGAAAUAUAUCCAAUAUUUUAUUUAAGUCUCACUCCCAGGUGUUUGCUUUAUGUGUCUGUUAUUAAUAAUAAUGUGAUAUAAAUUCAUCUGUACAAAUAACUUAUUGUUGUUAAAACUUAAAACCGACAAUCUACUUGGUUUGGGUCGACGCGACGGGUGCGCGAUGCGCCCACGUCGCGUUGGCGCGGACUAUGGUUGAUCCACGUAACAUUACAUGUCAUGUCCACAUAACACUCGUCCCCCGUGCUAAUACACGCGCGAUCUAUUUAUAAAGCACAUAUUAUGGGAGAGAGACUGAGAGUGGAUUCCUCGCGAUCUGAAGUGUGAUUGGGUCAGUGUGCAGUGUUGUAUGUAGUUACGCAUUUGAUGACUAAAUAAAUUAAUAUUGUUUGUAA